GUUCCAGCCUUAACGGAAACAGGAGGCGGAAGUAGAGGAGACAUAAAUAAAGUCCUUUAGGGUGUACGCUCGCCGGUUGUCGUGCUUCGAAGAUGGGGAAUACGAGCAGCGAGAGGCCCGGACCCCUGAAGGGGCGACGGGACAGCGGCGGCGGAGCCGCUAAAGGGGAAGACAGGGCAAAAAUAUUAAUGGACAGCCCAGAGGACGCUGACAUGUACACCACUGAGGAGAGCAAGGCCCCCAUGGAAAAAGAUGAAUUUUUGGCAUGGCAGCAUGAUUUAGAAGUAAAUGACAAAGCUCCGACUCAGGCUCGACCAACAGUUUUUCGGUGGACUGGAGGAGGGAAAGAAAUUUACUUGGCUGGGUCAUUUAACAACUGGGGGAAAAUCCCUCUCAUAAGAAGCCACAACAACUUUGUAGCAAUAUUGGAUCUUCCAGAAGGGGAGCACCAGUACAAAUUUUUUGUUGACGGCCAGUGGACUCACGAUCCUGCUGAGCCAGUAGUAACUAGCCAGCUUGGGACAAUAAACAAUAUCCUUAAUGUGAAGAAAACAGAUUUUGAAGUCUUUGAUGCCUUAAUGGUCGACUCGCAGAAAAGCUCUGAUGUGUCAGAGCUUUCCAGCUCCCCUCCUGGUCCUUACCAGCAAGAUGCAUAUAAUUGUAAGCUGGAAGAACGUUUCAAAUCUCCCCCUAUCCUCCCACCGCACCUGCUUCAAGUUAUUCUUAAUAAAGACACAGGCAUUUCAUGUGAUCCAGCUUUGCUCCCGGAGCCCAAUCAUGUCAUGCUGAAUCACCUUUACGCACUAUCCAUCAAGGAUGGCGUGAUGGUGUUAAGUGCUACUCAUCGUUACAAGAAGAAGUAUGUCACCACACUGCUGUACAAACCCAUAUGAGCUGCCUCCAAAGACUGUACUCAUUGAAAUUUUAAGCCUUUUUUCACUUUUUUAUAUAUUAAAUGCAUUAAAUAUUUGCGGAAUAAGCUAUAGCUGUCAGUAAUGCAUUGAGCAUUAUAUUGGUUCACAAUUCACUGUUGGAUCUAUAUUGACAGCGCUGCAGUUGUUCUAGAUCUGUCUCAAUUGCACAUUUAUUUGGCAAAAGUAGGGAUAGCAACCCUUUUUUUAAAUUAAGCUUGCACUUUCCCGGCCUAGAAAAGUGCCCUGCUGGGUUGGGCAAGGGACGGCACUAGUGAAUAGAACUGAUUUUUCAGCAAUAUUAUAUUACUGUAGAUGUUUGUCUCAGGUUGUGUGAAGAUCAAUAAUGGGCUGUAAUGCAGAUCAGAUCCCCAUUUCCCCCCCACCAUGCUUCUGCAGUGAGCCGACUGUGAGUGUGGACAUCACAGCUGUACUGUUGGUUUUACAUAGGGUUUAAGGCAACCCUACCAGUCACUUUAUUUAUUCUGUUCCUUGGUAACAUCUUUUCUCUCAACUGAAAUAAAUGACUUCUAUAAGGUAUAUCUAGGGGAAUCUUAAGUCAUUGAUGUGUUUUUCUUAAUUAUAAGGCCAUCUGCACAUAGGAUAAAACAUAAGCCACUGAGGUAUUGUGUGUAUUGAAGCCUAUAAACCCAUAUGUGUGACUUUAGGAAGGGGCAUUUAUUGUAAGGAUGGAAUGUUCUCCUCCUUUUUUUUUUUUUUUUUAAAGUGGACCUAAACUCUUCUGUCCUUUUUACAGGUAAGAAAGCUGCCAUCUUGGUCUCUAUUUGGUUUGCAGUUGCCAUGGUGCUGUGAUCUGUUCUGACACUAGCCAUUUAAUGACUUGACAGUUCAGCUGAGAGCACAAGCAACUUUGACAGUUAUCAUUCAUGGCAUGCCUUGAAUGUAACUGUUUUGCCAUUAAAUCGAUGGGAUUAGUUUCACUUUAACUCCAUUCAGUAUUUUACAUCUAUAUGUGUUUAUAAUAAUGUACAGUGUGUUUAUCUGUACACCUUUUUGGGGGGGAAAAAAAAGUAUUUAAACCUGUUUAAAAAACAAACGGUGUCUUGUUUUCAUGUGUGCAUGCAGGUGUUUGUGGAGACCUAGGCUAGCCAUAAAUGCUUUGAUUUCUCUCAUUCUGCCCAGUGUACUGAAUGAGAGAAGUCAAUAGAUUUCCCUAUCCAUGCUAAACGGUGUGUAUGCGCAAAUCUUACCUGCUGGCUAUUGUAUUCUGACAGCUACGGCUGUAUUAAUACCCAAAUAUUGACUGCACCUGCCUUCUUUUUAGAUGGGGAGAUAUAAAUAAUAGUUUUCUUUUUA